AUGAAGGAGUGGAUCGUAUUGACUCUCUUCAUAAACAGCCCCGCGAAAUCUUUCCUCAGACAUCCUUUGACGCGGACCCAAUCGCGGCGUCCAAAGACCCCGACUACCGACGUAACCUCAGGAUUUGGUUUCGACAGAGGCGGGAAUCCACUCCCGAGCGCAUAUUCCGCUGGCGGGAAUGCUGCGCCCGCGGCGGCUGGACUCUCAGUGGGAAUCAAGCCUGGGCUCACCCUAGGGGCCGGUAUCUCCUUGGGACUCGGAGGCGGUUCGGGUUUCGCCGAUAAUCCGCAGCCCCCCACGAAUCCGCUCUUACCACCGGUGAACAGAGCCGAGGAGCGUUUCGGGGACUUUCCAGCUGAAACACCCCUAUGGCAGCCCGGGCGACCCAUAGAUGAGGUUGACGAGGACGAUUUGAUCAAGCUGCCGACCAAUGAGAGUCCGAUCGAGUCCUCGGAUCCGGCGGAGACGAGUCACGUGGAUCGAACUAGACUAGACGACUACGGGGACCGGCUGACGGACUCAGGCGGUGCCAUGAUGGAGAAUUACAGGGAGCAAAUCGAAGCAGCCAGAGUGGAGGAUUCUCUGGUCGAUGAUCGCAACCGGAGAGUGGAUUCAGAACGGAUUGUUUCGCCUGGCGAUCAGAACCGAUUGAUCGAAUCGGGUCGCGACGGGCCGGACGGGGGUAGGACUCAAUUCAGGGGUUCAGACAAUAGAGCCACGGACUACUGGGAUGAUCGAGGUGCUACUUGUGUACGAGGAGCUGACGGCGGUUGCUUGAGCCCGGAAAUCCUCCCACCCGCACGUGAGAUUUCGAGCAGUGUCUCCAGAGAGCAGCUACAGGAGACAGGGGACGCUUGGCUCCUCAAGCAAGCUGAACAAGUGAAACUCGCGGAAGCCCUGAGACUCCUCGAGGAGGUCAAACUCGACAAACAGCUGAGAAGCAUCAAGGAGACGAAGGACAACAAGCCGAAAGUUAUUUCCGAAGACAAUAAGCACGCCGAGGAGCUACAACGGAUAUCUGAAGCUGCCGAGUCGAUACGACUCGCGGCCGAUAGCGCUAGGGGAAUCAAAGAGAACCCUUAUCCGGAGACCAACGCGACUCCCGUUCGGGAUCUCAAUCGGACUUCGUAUCCCAGUCCUCGAUUGAGCACCAAGCCGGACCUCAAGCUGAAAAUUCGGGCGGCUCUCCUCGAGGAAGCUCUGCGGGAUCCUCCGCGGGAUCCCAAGCAGAAUCUCCGAACGCCCUUCAGGAGGGAGCAGCGAAUGGAUCUCCGCCGAAAUCCCCCCAGAUUUACCCGACGGACUCUCCAAGAGGAUCCAAGACGAAAGAAUCUCCUCCAGACCCCCCGAGGAGCUGGCCGAAUUGAUGGGGGCGAAGCCUCAGCUGUCAUCCCUCAACCGACAGCAGCCACCGAAAAGUAUCCACUUGAGUCCACCGACUCCAGUCCGACCGGCUCACCUAUCCGAGGUCCGGAGGGAUCGACAACGUGGCAUCCCGGUGGUCCAAGCGACCGAUCUCCGAUACCGAAUGCUGAAGGACUCCAAGGCGAAUCCUCAAUCGAAUCCGAGGUUAAAGCCCAACCUGGAAGCCCGACGGGAUCGAUCGUGUACGAGACGACUUCGAUGAGCUAUGACGUGGUCGCCUCCGGAUACGGGCCCGGCCCCUCCGCAGCUCCUGCCGGCAUCGGACCUCUCACGACGGAGUUCCCGCUGAACUCAGCGCCCACCAUGAAGGGCGACAUCAUUGCCGACGCGACGACCACUGAGCACGCGAUAUCCGUUCCGGGAGAUGACCCAUUCGCCAACUCCUCGACAACCGUCCCCGAAGAUGCCACUGCCACUCCUGAUUAUUCGGAUCUCAUUGCCAACGGCACCACCGAUUCCGAGCGCGCCCUUACGUCGAGCAGAAACGAGUUUACGUUGGAUGGCAACAGCACUUCCGCGCUUUUCGAUUCCGUCAAUAACGGCACCGACUUUCCCGUCCAGCCCGAGCUCCCCGGAUCGGCGGCGAACGCGUCGAGCGCGGCUGGAAAUCUCGAGACUGCCAUCGAGGGCAACGGAACUUCCGGCUAUCCCGACUUCUCUCAAAACGACACCAGCUCAACCCCGGCUGGUUCCGACUCCACGACCGUCGCGUCAUAUACAUCGGUAUCAGGAAUGCAGAUCAUCACAACCGAGUUGGGCCUGGGACAGUGGACAACGCCAACGCCUACAGGUCUCCCAGUCCCGGGAGAUUCGAAAACAUCUCCUGCGUCGAGCCGAGCCACGAUACCCGUAAGCUCCACAUUCCCAACGUCAUCGGGGGGAUCCAUCCUCUCCGCGCGAAAGACUGUCUUACGACCUGGCGCGUCGAUGACCGGACUCAUCAGUUUAGUUUUUGAGGGUUUAGUGCUGACCAUCCUGGUUUAUCUGUACAACGCAAUGAGCUCCGCGCAAGCUCAGCCAGCCAUGAUGAUUCCCAAUCCGUUCGCAUUUUUUGGCCAAAUGGACACCUCCGGGAUGGCAGCCGCCCGGGCAGCCGCUGAAGCGGCGGCUACCACCGGGGCGGCGCCCCAGCAAGUGCAGACGAUUUCUGUACCCAAUGGGGUGACUUUCUACCAGAGCCCGGACGGAUUCCAGGGGGUGUCCGUUGGGACCAUGACAGGCUCGGUUCCGCACGGGACCGGGGUAGCCGCGUCCAGCGCCGGGACUGUCGUGACCGGAAUUGCACCGCUUCCUGCUGGGAAUGCGGUCCCGACUGUUCUUCUGCUUUGUGCCGGUGGCACAAUCAGCCAACCUCACAACUUGGCCUCUCACGGCUAUCAAGGCUAUCAACAGUCUCAUCAUCCUGCAGUGAGCUUCUACAAUAGCUAUCCUUCCUCAUCGGCCUCCGCGGCAGCGAUGGCGGCAUCAGGAGCCCAGGGAGCCGGAGCGACAGGUGCUGCUGAAGCUGCUGGUGCCACCGGGGCUGCUGGUGCGACCGGUGCUGCUGGUGCCGCCGGGGCUACUGGUGCCGCCGGGGCUACUGGUGCCGCCGGGGCUACCGGUGCCACCGGGGCUACCGGUGCUACCGGUGCCACCGGGGCUGCUGGUGCCACUGGGGCUGCUGGUGCCACCGGGGCUGCUGGUGCCACCGGGGCUGCUGGUGCCACCGGGGCUGCUGGCGCCACCGGGGCUGCUGGUGCUGUCGGAGCAGCAAGCGCAGCCAGUGCCGGAGCUACGAGUGGUGCGGGGAUGGCUGGCGCGUCAGGAGUCGCAGGAGCCGUCACGAGCCCGGGGGUAGCUAGCGCCUCAGGAGCCGCCGGAGCGGUCGCCGGUGCUUCGGGAGUGGCUCAAGCGGCCGGCGGUGCUGGAAUGGCGAGCGCAUCCGGCUUCGCCGGAGCUACGGGCUCCGCGGGAGCUGCUGGAGCUGCUGGAGCAGCGGGAGUUGCGGGAGCUGCCGGAGCAGCGGGAGCGGCUGGCGCUGCGGGCGCGGCAGGAGCAGCUGGCGCCUCCGGCGCAGCAGGUCCGGCUGGUCCUCCAGGUAUGCCGGGCAUCAGUGGUCCACCCGGGCCCCCAGGACCUCCCGCACCACCUGGACCACCUGGAAUGCCCGGUAUGCCCGGUGCACCUGGAGCUCCGGGAACGCCGGGAGCCGGCGGAGCUGCAGGAGCAGCUGGAGCCGCGGGCGCAGCAGGAGCCGCUGGGGCUGCGGGGGCUGCUGGGGCCGCCGGAGCAGCUGGAAUGGCUGGAAUGGCCGGAAUGGCUGGAAUGGCCGGAGUCGCUGGCCCAUCGGGUCCAAGCGGACCAUCUGGCCCGGCUGGACCUGCCGGUGCAGCAGGAGCGGCAGGAGCAGCUGGAGCUGCUGGGGCUGCGGGGGCUGCUGGGGCCGCCGGAGCAGCUGGAAUGGCUGGAAUGGCCGGAAUGGCUGGAAUGGCCGGAGUAACUGGCCCAUCGGGCCCAAGUGGACCAUCGGGACCAGCCGGAGCCGCGGGUGCUGCCGGAGCGGCGGGUGCGGCCGGAGCGGCAGGCGCCGCCGGACAGGCAGGUGCAGCCGGUUCAGCAGGUGUGGCCGGCUCAGCAGGCGCCACGGGCGCCCCCGGAUCUCCCGGAUCAAUGGGAGCGAUGGGAGCAAUGGGAGCCAUGGGAGCAAUGGGAGCCGCUGGAGCAGCUGGAGCAGCUGGAGCAGCUGGAGCAGCAGGAGCAACGGGUGCAGCGGGAGCAACGGGUGCAACAGGAGCAACGGGAGCGACGGGAGCAACGGGUGCAGCGGGAGCAACGGGUGCAGCGGGAGCAACGGGUGCAGCGGGAGCAACGGGUGCAACUGGAUCAUCUGGAGCAGCAGCUGGAGCGACGGCAGCAGCAUCUGGUGUGGCACAUGGAGGAGGCGGCGCGGCAAGUGCAUUCGGCUCGGCGGCUACCAACGCCAGGGGAGGGUUCGGGGGCUCAGGAGCUAACGGUGGUGGAUCGGCAGCAUUCGGGAACGCCGCGGCUUAUGGAGGCGCGGGGGGAUUCGGUGGUGGCUCAGGGGCACACGGAUCCGCCGCAGCGUAUGGAACGGGAGCUGCCGGUGGCUCUGGUGCUUAUGGUGGCUCUGGGGCGUUUGGAAAUGCGGCAGCCUUCGGCAACUCGGCGGCGUAUGGGGGCUCGGGAGCAUCUGGUAACGCUGGGUCCCUCGGAGGAGGAGGAGCAGGAGCCACAGCUGCCGCCCAUGCCGCUGCAUUGGCAGGAAGCAGAGGCAGAGGAGGUAGAAUUGGUCCCGCUGGAGCGACAGCCGGCGCAGCAGCAGGAGCGGCCGCAGGCGGAAAUGCGGCAGUGGGAGGAGGAUCAGCGCCGGGCGGAAGCGCAGGUGCGGGAGGAAGCGCAGCUGCGGGAGGAGGUGCAGCAGGAGUCAGCGGCGCGGCUGGAGCUGGGAGUGCACCGAGUGGAGGGUCCCACGCCGCGGCGAACGCUGCAGCUGGCGCAGCUGGUCGAGGUUGA